UGGGAGUAUGGAAUGUUAAUUGAUCCGAAAAAUAUGGAUAAAAUUAAAUGUAAGUUGUGUGGUAAAAUUAUGUCUGGAGGUGUUUACAGAGUAAAAGAACACAUUGGCCACAUUUCUGGAAAUGUUUCUGCAUGUCCAAAAUCUUCUCCAACUGAUCAAGCCAAAUGUAAGAAUGCUAUUGCCGAGGCAAAGAAUAAGAGGAAAAAUAAGAAGAAGGAGGAAGAUUUGAUGAGAUCAACUGUUAAUAUCUCCGAAAGAGUGGAAGGGGAUGAUGAUGAUGAAUUGCAAGAGUUAGGUAGCAGAAAAACGUCCUGUACUCUUGGCCCUAUCGAUAAGUUUGCAAGCUCCAUCAGCCCUGAAACUUGUUUGAGUGCGAGAAUGAGCCAAAGGCAACAAACUAUUAGUGAAGCACUAUUUAAAGAGAGAACACAGUCUGUUCGUGAAUAUUGUGCUAGAUGGGUGUAUGAAGCUGGUAUACCUUUCAAUGCGAUUGACAAUGAUAGCUUCAAAUUGUUUGUUGAGGCGGUUGGUCAAUUUGGGCCGGGCUUCAAACCUCCCAGUCAAUACCAAUUGAAGGAACCACUAUUAAAGGGGGAAGUUGACAGAAUAAAAGAGUUAUUGAAGAAGCAUGAAGAAGAGUGGGCACGAACUGGGUGCUCCAUUAUGACAGAUGCUUGGACAGAUAGAAAAAGGAGGAGCAUCAUGAACCUAUGUGUUAAUUCUAAUGCAGGUACUGCUUUCCUUUCUUCUAGAGAGUCUUCAGAUGAAGCACAUACAAGUGAACUUAUCUUUGAGUAUGUGGAUAAAUGCAUUGAGCAAGUUGGGCCACAAAACGUCAUCCAAGUAGUAACCGACAAUGCUGCCAAUAUUAUGGGAGCGGGAAAAUUAUUGAAGGUGAAGAGGCCAAAUAUCUUUUGGACCUCAUGUGCUACUCACACCAUCAAUUUGAUGCUUGAAAGUAUUGGAAAACUGCCGAAGUAUAAGAAAGUCAUUGAUCAGGCCAAGAGUUUCACAAUCUUCAUUUAUGCACACCAUAAGACCUUGUCCUUAAUGAGGUCAUUUACGAAGAAGAGGGAUAUAGUGAGACCAGGAGUUACUAGAUUCGCUUCUGCUUUCUUGACUUUACAGAGUUUGAUGGAGAAAAAGGCCCAAUUGAGGGCAAUGUUUACCAGCUCCGAAUGGGAGGAGUGCAAAUGGUCAAAGAUUGUUAAAGGGAAAGCAGCCUAUGCUACUGUGAUGAGCAUUGCUUUUUGGAAUGGUGUGACUAUAUGCCUUAAAGUUUUUGCACCUUUGGUGAAGGUGCUUCGAAUUGUUGAUGCGGAUAGAAAGCCUUCUAUGGGCUUUUUAUGUGGAGAGAUUAAGCAAGCAAAGGAAGAUAUUAAGGAGGCCUUAAAUAAUCUUGAAAAGAACUAUAAGCCUAUUAUGGAGAUUAUUGAAGCAAGGGUAAAAGAUAGGCUAGAUAGUCCACUACAUUUUGCAGCUUACCUUUUGACUCCCUACUACUUUUUCAAGGAUAUGGAUAUACAACUUGAUAAUGAAGUGAUGGAUGGGCUUUUUAACUGUGUGGAGAUGUUUUAUCAUUAUGAUGGUGAAUUGCAAGGCCAUGUUAUAAAUGUUGAGUUGCCAAAGUAUACUCGUAAAGAUGGAGCUUUUGGAAAAUCGUGGGCAACUCAAGGGUGUGCGAAAAAUGAUGACAAUUAUAAUCCAGUUACAUGGUGGAUGACUUAUGGAAAUCAAACUCCAAACUUGCAACGAAUGGCGAGAAAGAUUCUCUCGUUAACCACUAGUUCAUCCGGUUGUGAAAGAAAUUGGAGCACUUUUGAAGGGAUACAUACGAAGAAAAGAAAUAGACUAGACGUGAAUCGAUUGAACAAUCUAGUCUAUGUUCAAUUUAAUGCGAAAUUGAUGAACAAGCACAAAAGGGAGAAGGAAAGGAAUGUUGAUGUGCUACUUGCUAGUGAUGCUAGUAAUGCACAAGGAUGGAUCGUUGAUGGAGAAGAUGAUGAAGAAGUUGAGCCUGGUACGGGGCUCACUUGGGAAGUGGUUGGUGAAGCAUCGGGAGCAAACGAGAUGCUUCAAGCUCGAAGAAGUUCUAGGAUGAGAGAGCUUCAUGAAGAUGAUUUUCAAUCAGAAGAAGAAGAUGAGCAAGAAAUCAAUGAAUUUGAUUUUGAGUCCGAUGAAGAUCGUGUAUUGGAAGAAUAUGGAGAGGAAGAAGACCAAUUAGAUAGUUAGACUUAGAUUCUUCGGAUAUGGUUUAUGUUGUAUUAUUGCU